AUGUCCGACUGGGUAUCCACCUUUCCGGGCUAUAGGAACGUGCUUACAACCGCCAAAAAGGUAUUUGGCAGGAUAAUACAAACAGGUCCCACUCCUAAGCACGUUGGGAUGAUCAUGGACGGAAACAGAAGAUACGCAAAAAGCAAGAAGAUGGAGGUAAAAGAGGGCCAUAACCUCGGGUUUGAGAGCAUGGCCAACAUCUUGGAGCUCUUGUACGAAACUGGGGUGAAAUCGGUGACGGUGUAUGCAUUUUCAAUAGAAAACUUUAGUCGUCUGAACUACGAGGUCAAGGCAUUGAUGGACCUUGCGACCCUGAAGCUCGAGCAAAUCAGCCAGAACGGAGACUUGUGUGAGCAGUACGGCAUAAAAGUGCGGGUGUUGGGAGACACUUCGUUGUUGCCCCAGUCAGUGCAAGACAUCAUCAAGAAAACCACCACCAUCACCGAAAGAAAUACCCGAGCAGUGUUGAACAUUUGCUUUCCCUACACAUCCAGAGAGGAAAUGACCCACCUGAUCAAGUGUGUGGUGGCCGACUCUGUCAACCAAGGGAACACCUUCCUGGUGGACGAGAACAGCAUCAACCAGCAUUUAUACACCGGAGACAAUCCUCCAGUGGACCUAUUGCUCAGGACAUCAGGCACUUACAGACUCUCAGACUUCUUAUUGUGGCAGUGUGUGUCGCCCGAUUGCUCGGUGGUAUUUAUCGAUAAGUUAUGGCCCGAAUUCAGACCUUGGGACAUGUGUGCUAUAUUACUCAACUGGAGUUUCAAUAAGUACUGGUACGGGCAUGGAAACGGUAAUGGGGGCUCUUUUAGGAACCCGGCACAGGCUUCUUCCCCCGGAGAACUCGUGUCAAAGACCACCGGUGCCUCUGGUUACAAGAGAUACACUUACGAUGAAGAAGAGGACGACGAGGAGACCGAUGGUACCAGCGACUUGGGUGGAGAUGAAAUCGACACUGUCACUUCGGAGGAGGGUCUGGUGUCUCCCAAAUGA